AUGACGUACAAACAGGGGAUGUCCAAAACAAACUUUUACACCCCCUUUGAAGACUUGAUUCAUCUUCCAUUUGUCUUUCAAUUUCCAAAAAUAUUGUUACAACUAAUAUUGGUUUUGUUUUUGGUUUCACUGUACAAUGUUGGUGUUUUUUCUUUUGAUUCAUCGUCUUCAUUAAUUCAUCGAAAACACUUGAAUCCAGUAGGAGAAGAAAUAGAGUCUCUUUUGAAAUGGAAGUCAACCCUUGGUAACCAAACUCAGUCUUUCCUCCGUUCUUGGAGGAGAAGUUCCACUGCCAAUACAACAAAUCCAUGUAAAUGGCGCGGUCUCUCUUGUAACAAUCAAGGAAGUGUCACUGUAUUGAAUUUGACUAGUUCAAAUUUACAAGUCAUAAGAAAUCUCGAGAAGGCAGAUCAACCAACAACUGUAAACACAAGAAGAAACAUAUUCUCGGUAGAGAAUUAUGAUGGGAAGCUGGUGUUUGAAGAAAUAAUUGAAGCAACGGAAAACUUUGAUACCAAAUAUUGCAUUGGGGCGGGAGGAUAUGGGAGCGUCUUCAAGGCGAAGCUAUCGACAGGUCAGGUUGUUGCUGUGAAGAAGCUUCACUCGUCAGAUGAAGAUUCUGAAACACUUGAUCUUAAAUCUUUUGAAAGCGAAGUUCAAGCAUUGACUGAAAUCCGGCAUAAGAACAUUGUAAAACUCUUUGGUUUCUGCUCCAGCAUAGAGCGACAAAUCUCAUUCUUGAUUUAUGAGUUUGUAGAGAGGGGGAGUUUGAAAAAGAUUUUAUGCGAUGCGGAACAGGCGGUAGAGUUCGAUUGGAUAAAGAGGCUAAGAUUCAUCAAGGGAACAGCUGACGCGCUUGCUUACAUGCACCAUGAUUGCAUUCCAGCAAUAGUUCAUAGGGACAUAUCUAGCAACAAUGUCUUAUUGGAUUUCGAAUAUGAAGCUCGUGUUUCCGAUUUUGGUACCGCAAGGAUUUUGAAGCCAGACUCAUCCAAUUGGACAUCAGUUGCAGGAACAUACGGAUAUGUUGCUCCAGAACUUGCCUAUACAAUGAAGGUAACCGAGAAAUGUGAUGUUUAUAGCUUUGGAGUACUUCUGCUGGAAGUACUACACGGUAGACACCCAUCUGAGAUUAUCACACUACUCUCUCUUGAGCUCCUUCAAACGUCGUCUUCAACUUCGAAUGGUCUGGUAAAAAAUACAAUGCUGAAAGACAUCUUAGACGAGUGCCUUGAAGCACCAACGGAUGCUGUGAAGAAAGAGAUAAUGCACUUUGUAAAGGUUGGUCUCUCGUGCUUACGUGGUGAUCCACACACUCGUCAAACAAUGCAAGAAGCAUAGGUGGAGUUAUCACCAACGGAUUUGCAAUUAUAGUUGCUUAUGUUGAUGAUAUGAACAUAAUAGGCACUCUUGAUGAAAUGAGAGAAACCACUAGUUAUCUGAAAUCUGAGUUUGAGAUUAAAGAUCUCGGGAAAACUCGGUUUUGUCUAGGAAUUGAACUAGAACACCGAACCUCUGGAAUAUUAAUCCACCAGUCUACAUAUGUCCAUAAGAUACUCAGGCAAUUUAAUAUGGACACGGUGCACCCCGCUAGCACUCCCAUGAUCGGUCGAAGCUUAGAUGUGAAUAAGGAUCCAUUUCGUCCUAAGCAAGAUGACGAAGAAGUAUUAGGAGCUGAAACUCCUUAACUAAGUGCAAUAGGCGCAUUAUUGUACUUAGCACAAUGUACUCGACCAGACAUUUCAUUCUCAGUGAACUUGUUAGCUAGAUAUAGCUCUGCGCCAACGUAGCGUCAUUGGAAUGGUAUAAAGAAUGUAUUUAGAUACCUUAAAGGAACCAUUGACAUGGGUUUAUUUUA